CGCAGGAGAGGAGACGGGAGAGAGAAGCCGCACCCAAACCCUAGCCCCCCUUGCCCUCUCCGCACCCGCGUCGCCGCCGUCCAUGUGAUAUCCCAGCCAUGAAGUUCAGAAACUACCUUCCUCAUGACGAGCAACUUCGGGGUGGUAAGCUGGCUCCAGUUUCCCUUCCAAAUUUUGAAGAUCCAAUUUCUGCUGAAACUGCAGAGCCAAAGCAACUGGAGGACCCUUUUGGAAACAUAGCUCCAAAGAAUCCAAAUUGGGAUCUGAAACGAGACGUGCAGAAGAGGAUCGACAAACUCGAGAAGCGCACGCAGAAAGCACUGGCUGAGAUUGCAGUGGAGCAACAAAGGGAGAAAGAAGCACUGGAGGAAGGAAGCGAUGCCCAAGAUUGAGACAUCAAGGUAGAUGGAAAUAGCUGAAUCUUGUAAUGUCAAGAAUGCUGAAGGGUUGCGUUGCUAAUGGUAACAUUCCGUGUCUGGCAGUUAGUGUGUUAUGCUUGUGAACAUGGAAAACCGUAAAAGCUUGGUUGCAUCUCAAUUGUGCUUAGAUUCUGAUGGUUACCUAACAAGCAGUUUAAAGUGGCUGUGGUGCAGACCUAGCUUGCGUCAAGCCGUCAACAGGCUGCCGUGGAUAUCAGUUAACUAGCUAAAUACCCGUGCUUUGGGAUGUAUAAAUAUGAAUUGUGUGUAUCUUAGUAUUAUUUGGAACAGAUCACUUGUAAGAUUUUUAAAACAAUUUGACCUAUAACAUGCUUCCAUGAUAAACUUGUCUUUGAAGAUGAAAUAAGAUAGAACCAAUAUA